CAGAACGCGGAAUUACAAGUUCUGCUGCGUAUUUUAGUGUUGAAGUAGUUUCUUACAUUUUAUAGGAGCCUGCUAUAUAUUUCGCCAUUUCUUGGACUUUUAUUCCGAUUUUAAUCCACAGAUAGGAAAAUGUUUGCACCAAAACUAGUCUAAACAACCAAUAUAAAUCAAGAAACAUUUAUGAAAUCUCGAUGAAAGUCAGAUAUUUGCCAGAAAUAUACUAAAUUGAUUGAUGACGCAUGUGCUAAGUGUUUUUAAAAUGACUUUAAAAAGUGCUGCAUUUUUGAGCAUACCCUGAGAAGCCAAUGUUUUUUUUGUUUAUUUGUUACGAAAAUACUGUUGUUUUUGAUCGCUUAUCUUGACAUAAAUAUUCUCAUCCUUGGAAUAAGAAAGUAGAACAGCUUGUUCUGCUUGCCACUGUUUAACACGGUAAUGGCUUUAUGACACACGCACAAACGAAAUAGGUGUUAUUUGAAGUCCUAAGUUAGAUAAUGCAGAUUUAUAAGACCUUAUCUUUGGCAAAAAGCGUAUCAUAUGCAUGUGAUGUUUUGUUAGAACGUUUUUGACAAAGCUCAGUUUAUUGUGUGAAUGGCCGUUUACGUCGAUCGCAAUAUAUUCCAUAUUGGCAAUAACUCAUUUAAAAGUGAUGUGUUUCAUGAAACUCCAACAGAAAGCCUCAAUUACCAUCUAAAAGAUCAUAAUAACAAUCGCUUCCAAGACAAUACAAAUACUGGUGUUGAUGAUAAUUUUACAACAAGAGGUGAAAAUUAUUACAAAGAAGUGAAAGACUGGUUAAAUGGAGAUUUGUUUCGAGGUGGCGUUUUAGAUGGAAAGCGUAAUGCAUGGGGUUGUUAUCAAUGGGAUAAUGGUGAAAAAUAUUACGGAACAUUUUUCAAUGAUAAAAAACAUGGUUAUGGUUAUUAUAUAUGGCCUAAUGGAUCAAAUUAUUUGGGUACAUUUUAUCUUGAUAAAAGAUCAGGUUAUGGAAUAAUGAGAUAUUCAAAUCAUUCAAUAUAUGAGGGAUUCUUUUUAGAUGAUCAACGUUAUGGUCCUGGUAUAUUCAUUAAUAAUUCAUCAAAUUCUAAUGAAAUUGAUAUUGGUUAUUGGAAAAAUGAUCGUUUAAUACGUUUAAAAAAACCGGUAUUCAAUCAAAAUAGAAAUGAUGAAUUUCAUUUUAUUAAACAAUUUCCUCAAUAUAAUUUUUAUAAAUUAGUUAAUUUAGAAUUAAUGUUUAAACAUUAUCAAUAUCAGAAAUCAAUAAAACAAGAUCAUAAUAAUAAUAAUCAAUUAUUGAUUAUUGAUGAACAAAUUUAUCAUUAUGAUCAUUAUGAUCAUCAAUAUGAAUCUAUAACAAAUUUAAAUAAUAUACCAAUCAAUUCAACAAGUUUAUUCAUUGAAAUUAUACAAAAUAUAUUAAAACAAAGUAACUUACCUAAAUCAUUUCAAGUAUGGAAUAUGAAGAGUCCAUUAUUUGAAAAAUUUAUUGCAGAUCAAAGUUUUAAUUAUUUACUUCAUUGUAUGCCAACAACUAAACAAUCAUCAUUCUUACAUCUUAACAAUAUACAACAAAUAUCACAAAUGAUGGAAUCUAUUCAAAAUGGUGAUUCAAAUAUGUCCAAUUUAAAAAAUGAUGAAUUCAAACAACAACAACAACAACAACAAAAACAAAAACAAUUUGAAACUUCUUCUAAACAAGAUUCUCUAUUUGACUCACAAUUUAAACAAAAUCAAACCAUUUGUUUAGUUGAUAUGAGAACAUAUAUAACAAAUAUUGCUUAUUUACAACAUUUUUUACAUAAAUCAUAUAAAACAUUUAAUUGGUACAAAUUAUUCAAAUCAUCAAUCAAAGAUGUUACUAUUGAAGAAGAAGAAGAAGAAGAAGGGGGAGAACAACAACAUGGCGAUAACCUUGAAAUUAGUAACCUUGAAAAGAGUAACCUUGAGGAUAGUUUAAAUGAACAAUUAUUUAUCAAUGAUUGGUUAAUAUUAUGGAAUAAAUUAUCUAAAAAAUUUUUAAAAAAAUCUAAUAAACAACAUUCUACUACUACUACUACUACUACUAAUAAAAAGAUUCAAUUAACCGGUAAUCAUGAAUGUUUAUCAAUAAAAUUUAUUCAAUAUUGUUAUCAUGGAUUAUUUGAUAAAGUGAAAAAUUUAUUACAUAAUAAAAAUCAAUUAAAUAUUGAUUUAAAUGUAAUAGAUAGUCAUGGACAAUUUGGAUUAUUAGGUGCUGUGUUAACAUGGAAUAUGAAAUUAGUGAAUCUCUUGUUAGAUUUUGGCGCCAAUAUUAAUCAAUUAACUGAUGAUGGUCUAACAGUAUUCACGAUAUGUUUAUUAAAAUAUUAUGAAUUAUUUAAAGAGAUUAUAAAUAUGAAAAAUGACAGAAAUGAUCAAUUCAGUCAAGAUGAACAAGAAUCAUCAUAUCAAAGUGAAAAUGAUCAACCGCAACAACAACAACAACAGAGACAGUAUGAACCAGAUCAUAUAUUGCCGAUCAUUACGAAAAGAAUAAAGAUCAACGACAAAACUACUGAUGGAACUAUUGAUAAUGGUGAUAACAAUGAGAAGAAAGAAUCAGAUGUAAAUCAAUCACCAUCUAUAUCUUUUGGUAGGAAUUAUAUUUAUCGUGUUGAACUGCCUGUAUUAUUAUCGACAACAUCUUCAGAGAGUAUGGUAAUGCUACGACGGGCUGCUAGACUAUCACAAAUACGUAGAAUGCAUUUAAGCAAAAUUAAAGAACGUCGUUCACUUAUUAUGAAAUCAAAUGAAAUGAGAAGAUCUACACAAAUUUUAAAAAAUGAUCAACAAACUCCUGAUAUAAAAAAUGACUUGAUUACUCAAUCAACUCAAUCAGCUUUACCUACUUUUCAACGUUUUACAAAUUGUUUAACUCGUUUUAACACAAUAACAGAAUUACGUAAUAAAGAUAAUCUGAUAAAUUCACAUUUGAAUGACAAUAAAAUAAGUCCAACUGCUUCAUCAAAAUCUAUGUCUGCUGAGAAUCGUAAGAGUAGACCGAGAACUAUCUCGAUAGACCGAAGAAAUAAAAAGGCAAUGAUUGAUGUCAUUUCUAAAAAGGCUGCAUUCAGUCAACCUUAUAGAACAAAAUCACCACUGUUAAGAGAAGCAGCUGCCCAAGAGUUAUCAAGAAAUCCUUAUUUUUUAGCAUCUCAUUCAAUGACUAGUUCAAUGACGAGUCAAGCAUUAGAUGAAAAUAAUGACAAAACAUCAGAUACGGAACAAACCAAUGAAACUCCAGUUAGUAGAAAUUCAUUAGAUCGACAAGCCCUGCUUUUAGCAAAACAAAAACAAAUGAUAGAUGUAAUAGAUUUAUUGUUAAAACGUGGAGCAAAUCCAAACACUGGUAUACGACCAUUACCAGCAUUAUUUUUAGCUGUACAAGCCGGUGAUCCUGAAAUGGUUCAUAAAUUAAUUCAAUAUGGUGCAGAUGCAAAUAUAUGUUUACGUGUAGAUAGUACUUCCGAAUCUGAAAACCUUGAUUUAAAAGGAAUUUAUAUUGAUGAAGAUGAACCACCAUUAAUACCAAGUUUAGAUGGUUUAACUGUUUUACAUUAUGCUGUACUUGUUCCAAAUGAAAUGGGUGUAAAAUUAACAGAAAUUCUAUUAGAAGAUGGUUUAGCUGAUCCAAAUAAACAAGCUACAUUAGAUGAUAGUUUCAAAUUGAAAAGUCAAUUCAAUACAUCAAUAAUAUCGGGAAAUUCAAGUGAGCAAAAUUCAGGAAAAACAACACCUGAAGAAAACAGAGUUUAUGAAGGUCGAACCCCGUUACACUUGGUUUGUUCACGUGAAUAUGAUUUACUGAAUUCAGCUAUCAUUACAAAAUGCCUUUUAAAGCAUAAUGCUAAUCCAAAUUUAUUGUGUAAUGGUCAUUCAGCGCUCAGUGUUGCUAUAGCAACUGGAAAUGAUCCAUGUAUUAAUGCCUUAAUCAACCAUCAAAAUACAAACAUAAAUCAACCAUUAGGAGAUGGUUUAGGCUCAGCUCUUUGUAUUGCAUGUUCAAGUUUAUUUGAAUUUAGGAGACCAAUUGAAUCACGCUUAGAAUUAAUCAAACGUUUAAUCAAUAAAGGGGGUAUUGACAGUUUUCAAUUAUUUGUUUUAUUAAAAUCCAAGGGAAUUUAUGGGAAUGUAAUAGACUUUACUUACAUGGAUUAUACAAAAGAUACAAGAAUUUCUAAAACACCAUAUCAUGCAUUAAAUGAAAUUGAAAAAGAAACUUAUAAUGGAAGAAUGCAAAUUUUAACUUAUUUAGCUGAUCGAUUAAGAGAAUUUGCUUAUUCAAUAGAAUAUACUACUGAUAAUACUACUGAACAAAUCAAUUUUGAUCAAAAUGAAUUAAAUGAUAAAACUAUUAGUUAUCCUGUUAAAACUCCAUCUUCUAAGCUUUCGCGUCAACAAUCGCCGACUUAUCUCAAGAAAAACAGCUGUAUAUCCUAUUCGUUUUGCUAUGAAUGUGGACGUUCUGUCGGUGUACGUCUAACAGUAUGUUCACGCUGUCAUAGAGUAUAUUUUUGCUCCAAAGUUUGUAAACUAAAAUCAUGGACAAUGCGACAUAAAAAUGAAUGUUAUUUAACUCCGGAACUUCAAACUGAAAGAGAUCGACGAAGUCCUACAAAAGUUCUACCAAAACUUACAACAAAUAAACAAGAAAACCAUCAACUCUUAUUAAAUCAACAAAGAAUUAAUUCAAAUUUAAAUUGGAAUUUAUUCAAUCAUUUAACAUGUUGUACAAGUAGUGGUGAAUUCAUUGGUAUUAUCUAUCAUCCUAGUUAUAAUUAUCAAUAUUUAUUAAAUCAUUAUAUGAAAAUUAAUGAAAAUGGUCAUAUUAUUAUUGGGACAUAUAAAGGUGAAGGAAAUUAUAGUUUGAUUUAAUAAAACAAAAAACAAAUUUCAAAAAAAAAAAAAAGAAAACUCUAAAUCAAGAUCAAUUUUAUGUUUUUUUUUCUUUCUUUUUCUUUCUUUUUCUUUCUUCUUUUUUUUCAUUUCAAAGUUUUUUUUCUUGGCAAACCAUUAAGAGUAUUACAUGUUAUUUAUUAUUAAUUUUUUUUCAAAAAAUAAAAAAUAAAUAAAAUAAAUAAAUAUAAUCAGAAGGGGUUUAGUGGAGUAAUUU